GCCUGAUCGUCCAGAAGAGAUUCCUGGGACUCCCUCUGGCCGCGCUAGGCGGACACCCCUUAAACAAGCUUGCUUCACCCUCACCUCUCGCCCCAAGUUUGAGCACGGCCCGCAGGUGGUGCAAGCGCCCCAACUCCCCGGCGCCCCCUGCUGGUGAGAGGGGAAGGCGGCCGCGGCCGCGGAGCCUCCCCGGGCACAGCGCAAGGGAGAGAGCUCGCUCGGGCGCCGAGAAGAAGCCGCGAGCUUCCCCGAUGGUGCCGCCGCCUCCUCCGAGCCGGGGAGGAGCAGCUAAGGGGCAGCUGGGCAAGAGCCUGGGGCCGCUGCUGCUACUCCUGGCGCUGGGACACACGUGGACCUACCGAGAGGAACCGGAGGACCGGGACAGAGAAGUGUGCUCGGAAAACAAGAUCACCACGACCAAAUACCCGUGUCUGAAGUCUUCGGGCGAGCUCACCACGUGCUUCAGGAAAAAGUGCUGCAAAGGAUAUAAAUUUGUUCUUGGACAGUGUAUUCCAGAAGAUUAUGACAUUUGUGCCCAAGCUCCCUGUGAACAGCAGUGCACGGAUAACUUCGGCCGUGUGCUGUGCACGUGCUACCCGGGAUACCGGUAUGACCGCGAGAGACACCAAAAGCGGGAGAAGCCGUACUGCCUGGAUAUCGAUGAAUGUGCUACCAGCAACACCACUCUGUGUGCACAUAUCUGCAUCAACACCAUGGGCAGCUACCACUGUGAGUGUCGGGAGGGCUACAUCCUUGAGGCCGAUGGGAGGACCUGCACAAGGGGAGACAAAUACCCCAAUGACACUGGGCAUGAGGAGAAGUCUGAGAAUGAGGUGAAAGCUGGGACCUGCUGCGCCACAUGCAAGGAGUUCUCCCAGAUGAAGCAGACGGUGCUGCAGCUGAAGCAGAAGAUUGCUCUGCUCCCCAACAAUGCCGCUGAACUGGGCAAGUAUGUCAAUGGUGACAAGGUGCUGGCCUCAAAUGCCUACCUUCCAGGACCUCCUGGCCUGCCUGGGGGUCAGGGCCCACCUGGCUCGCCAGGACCCAAGGGGAGCCCUGGUUUCCCUGGUAUGCCAGGCCCUCCUGGACAGCCAGGUCCACGGGGCUCAAUGGGACCUAUGGGACCAUCUCCUGACCUGUCUCAUAUUAAGCAAGGCCGGAGGGGCCCUGUGGGUCCACCAGGAGCACCAGGGAGACAUGGCUCCAAGGGGGAGAGAGGAGCACCCGGGCCCCCAGGGUCUCCGGGACCCCCGGGUUCUUUCGACUUCCUGCUGCUUGUGCUGGCUGACAUUAGAAAUGACAUCGCAGAGCUGCAAGAGAAGGUGUUCGGACACCGGACUCACUCUUCUGCUGAGGACUUCCCCCUACCUCAGGAAUUCUCCAGCUACCCAGAGACACUGGACUUUGGGUCUGGAGAUGACUACUCCAGAAGAACUGAAGCGAGGGACUCCGAGGCCCCGAGAAACUUUUAUCCAUAGCACAUCCCAUAUCUUCAUGCCACCAGAAGAGAAGCAUGCCUUUGGCUGCCCCUUACUCCAUUUCCAAACCCUGUUUUCCAAGUUUCCUGCUCAUCACACUAGCAACAAGAGGAUGUGAUGGAUUAACGUGCUGUUCUUGAAGAGUCAACGGGUGGUUGACAUCAGGGCUUUCUUCGACAUCCUAGUUUUUCAAGAGCUCUGGGUUUCUGAGUUCAUCGCUCCCACAGAAUCUUCAGCUUUGGCAGAGUGCAAAAGAGGGGGAAAUGGCAAUAUGGGUUUUUAGGAGUAUAAGGUUCCUUCUAAAAAGAAAAUUAUGUUCAAAUACUUGACUAUUCAUUCUCUACUGUCAAGAUGAAGGCUUUUCAGUUGUUGGGGGAGGGGAGUAGAAGGAGCAACCAUGGAGAAUGACAUUGGUAAAAAAAAAUUACUUUCUUUAUCAGUGUGCUAGAUUUCAAAUUCUGCAUCCUGUUUUCCAGCUUGAUGGAUGUUUGUUUGCUUGUUUGUUUGUUGUUUUUGCUGUUGUUGUCUUUAAAUUUGGUUACAGAAACAAGAGAUUGGAAAGAAUGUAUUCAGAGAGAUAGAGAAUUAGCCUUAUAUUUCUUGUCACAUAGGUUGCCACAAUUUAAAAUUCAGAUACAACAGUCAUUGAUUCAUGCAAAUCCUACGUGGAGAAGGGAGUUCCUUUGAUUGUAGGGCUGAAUCAAGUUUUCUAGGGGCCCUGGGGUGAUGAAACACCCUGUCCAUACUAGAACAGAGAGCUCCUGGAGGCCAGGACAAUUGAAGACCAUUUGGUCAAAAGAGUUGCCCUCCUCUGUCCAUGUUGAUGACUUGUGAAAUAAGAUGGCUGAGUUUUAAGAAGAAGUACAAGAUGCCCUGGCACUGACAGGGUGGCCAGAUGUGCCAGCAAGGCCUGAUGCAGGCUGAAUCAAGGCUGGAGGGAAGUUGCUGGCCUGGAAUCUUGGCCAAGGACGGCAGGGGGACAUUGAAAGGCGUUUCACUAAAACUAGAUCACCAGAGGCAGAUUAAUCUGCUCUUAAGAAAUGUGAAGUCUUCAUCCAGGGUCAGCCAAGCUUACCAGCACACCUGGAAUAACAUACGGCUGAGAGGUCUCUGAGAUAGAGAAGAGGAGGAGUUUUUUGGAAUAAUUUUCCACUAUUUCCCCCUGAUUUGGUUAAAAUCCCUGUUGUUCUAGGUCUCCUUGACUUUUUGUCCUGGGCCAGGUGGAGAUGGCUUGGAGGCCAGCACAUUUCCCAGUGACUCCCUGAGUCCUUUCAUGGAAUAUUUCUAGAUCUCCAGGGAAUCAUGCUCCCAGAAAGGAGCAAGAGGCUCGCAGGUUCCUUCUUGGUGUCUCUGGGUUCUUGUUUCAGGGAUCGGCUACCAGGUUCCUUAGUAAACACUGUCUCCUUGGGUGUGUAGCACACUCCUUGAUCUUGCUCACAUGGUCGCCCACACCAGGGUCUCUGUUUGCCAUCUUGCAGUGCCCCCUUAUAUUUCUAAGAAGUUUCCAUUUGCAUUUAUCUUUUCCAUAUAUCACUUAAGCCUCCAUUGUCUUCCCACCCUUACUUUGACAGCUUUUUGGAAGAAAGCUGCUAUUGGUUUGCAUGACACUGCAUCAUCUACUCUUCUUCCUGAGCAAUGAGAAGGGGCUCUGUCUACAGAGCCUAGUGGUCUUUCACUACACCCCUCAACUCCCUAUCCUCUCAUCCCUCUCUCUUGGUUCUCUUCCCUUCCCUCUCUUUUCUCUCUUCCUCUCCUCUUCCUUUGCCUCUUCUCUCCUUC